AUGUCUACUGAGGUCAGCUCCUCAUUGCUUCUGCCCCUACUUCUCAUCAUAUCCCUCAGCCCUUCCGUGUUCUCGGCAGAUCUACCUACUUGCCCAGCCGAGACAUCUGGAGGUACUAAGUAUACUAAAACCUGGUCGAUGGGAGCUUGCACACCAACGACCUAUGCUGAUCCACCCAAGCCAACAACAUGCUCUGGCAAGGCCAUCACUACGGCAAAGGCUACUGCCUGCCAUUGUCCAGAUGACAGUCUCUGGGUCUUACUCUCUGGCCUAGCUACAACUAUAGCGGAUUACCAAUGCAAAGGGUACGACGGUACGCAGGAAAAGGAUCUGCUGCAGGCGACCUAUUCUUGCUCUACGCCACCUAAAACUACUUGCACGUAUGCAUCGGUUUCGAACUCAGAAGGCCCCGGUGGCCGGAUGGUCUUGAGUCCCACAUACCCCAGCACGUGUACUUCGGCAUCAAUCACCUUCUCGUCAGCGACAAAAUUAGCCACGGGUCAGAUUCUGAUCGAACCAACAGGCGGAAUCGAAUGGUCUGCCGCCAAAGAGGGGUGGAAGUUCGCAGCUGGAGAUGGCGACAAAAUUGUCAGCAUGAAUGGCGAAAAUGUACCCAACACCAGCGGACAGCAGGCGCCACCAGUCGAAAAAUUUGAAAAACAAGAUGAUGGUACUUGGAAAAUGACGGCGGUGGAUGGCGUGAUAACUCGUGGAGUCUUCGCACACACCUCGAGCGAUAAGGCGGGUGGUCCCUACGACUUCUCCGUCACGGCCGUCAUCCCCUGCGACAAACCAGCCACCGAGGAGUGCAACAUUACAUCCUUCGCGAUUACCGCCGAUCAGUGGAAAGCCUUCGACGUGGACGACUUCAUGGAUGCGCAAGCAAAAAACUAUACAGCCAUCAAAAACACCGAUGAGGGGAAGGAUGGAUGGUUUACUUGGUUUAAAAACACCUAUCUCGGCGACAGUUUCGAGUCCCAAUGCUCUCUCGACCAGGUUGGAUCUUGUAUCGUAGACAAACCGUGCAAAGAUACAAAGACCGUCGUAUGGCGGCGACAAGCGUACCUCACGUUCGCCGCGCUUGUGAGCUUGAGCCGCUAUCUCGCCUUUACCUACCAGGCUUACGACAAAGCCGACGAUAUGCUGCAAGACGCCAUCCCGGAGUGGAAUGCGCAUUUCAACCUGCCGGAGGCGGAGCAGACAUGGAAGAACAUCGUCCAAGCUGCGGCAUCGAUGGUAGGAAUGCUUUCGGUCAUCGGCUUCGCCGUCGCGCCCUUCCUCGCCGAGACGCCCGCGCUCUGGGUCGGCUUCAUCGGCGGCGCCGUCCUCUUCGGCAUGUCCUCCAUCCUUAACGGCGCCGUGUCCUUCGCCAACAUAGAAGGCGUGGCCGCGACCGAAGUCGAAUUCGAAGGGUACGCGCACGCCAUGACGUCCAUGAGCCAAUUCAUCAAUAUCUCGCAACAGCACCUGAUCGACCAGAACAACGAGUAUUUCGACCACGGCACCAACCUCUCGGCCAUCUUCAAGCAAGGUGCCCUCGUUGGCGACAACCUCAUCAACAAAGUCGUCGAUAGCACCGACUCCGGCUUCGUCUCCACCGCCGCUUCCUGGUUCGCGCGCUACACACUCUACAAACUUGUCAACUCGGCCUGGGACGAAGGCGGGAAUUACAUCGUCUUCGUGCCCUACGGCCCGGUCAAGUGGUUCGACAAUAAAGAAAAAAACGAUUUCUCGUCAAAAGACUGCAAGGACCUGCAAUCCUACGCGCACUUCAACGACGUCAUCGAAUCUUACUGCGAUUACGACGACGGCCUCAACAAGGGCAUGGCAGCGUUCAUGUACCCCCAAAUGGGCGCCCAGGCCUUCGACACCUUCAACGAGAAAAGCUACUAUGAAGGUAAGGAUAGCGAUGGCAACAUAUACGUCAUCUACGGCCGUAAAUGGACCCCCGUCGACGUCUUCCAGUCCUCCCUCUCCUCCUACUUCGGCAACGGCUUCAAAUACAACGCGUCCACCCAAGACAUCGGUGAUGCUAUCACCAAGGGCGAUCUCGAGCCCCUCAAGCUGUGGACAACCCUCAACCCUUGGGAUGCGGGCGUUUUCAAUCUUGCCGUCUGUGUCAUGCGCGAUAUGACGUAUUUUCCCGGGUGCGAGAAGACGCAGUAUUCGGGGGAGGCGAUUCAGUUGAGUAAGUGUUGGACGGCGCCGAGUAUUUGUAAGACGAAUGUUGCGAAUUGGACGGGGGCGCAUGGGGAGGGCGUGCAGUAUUUUCGGGAUUGGGCCAAUCCGGAUAUUAUUAAGAGUUAUGAUUAUGUGAGGUAUUGGGCUUCUACGCAGCCCCCGAAGGAUUGA